UUAAAAUGAUUAAUCAUUUGAUUCCAUGACUAAUACAAUAAUAAAAAAAAAACAAGUGUUAAAAUUUGCUUGUCAAAUUGGGCUUUCUGUGUGCAGCGUUGAAUUUUGGUUUAUGGCUUUGUUUUAAGAAAUAACAAAAUAAUGUUACCUUCUACUGGUUAUUUUAAAGGUAUUAAUUGUCCUUUUUAUGAUAGUGGACUGUGUGAGCGACCUUAUUGUCAUUUUCGUCAUGUAAGGAAAGAAUCUCAGAAUGGAGCCAACGAAGAAAGUGGAGCAAUUCUUCAGAAACUGGUGUCGGCAGCGGUACAAAAAGUCCUUCAACAGACCGACGCCUCAGGAACAGUCUCUCCUCAAGAAGUUUUACCUUUAGAUCCUGCCGCUGAUAUAAUUAAAACUGGUAUUCAACAAACAGUUUCCAAAGUCACAUACAAUCCUACACCAAUAUCGGAGUUGAAUAAGAUUACUAACAUAGAUUCCGAGAAUAAGGAUGACAUUAACGAGCAGAGGAAGAGACAUAUUCCGGUUCCGUACACACCUCGAAAGCCUAUUAGUUUACCAGUAAGAAGGCCUUUAGACACAAAUGGUGCUUCGAAACCGUUCAUAUACAUACCACCGCCCGUUAAAUAUACGCCAGGGAGCACUGAUUCUGCGCCAGUUGAUCCUUAUACGCCCAAGGGUGGAAUAGAUUCCACUGAAAAGUAUCUACCUGGUUCAGAAGUCGAAUUGCAGGAAUAUAAACCAAAUGAAAACACGCAACCAACUACCACUAAACACAACUAUGUACCUUCAGAUAGGAGUGUAAAUAAGAAAAAGAUUUUGGAAUACAAACCUACCAAAGUGUCAACAAAGAAUGAGAGCAGCACAGUAACUUAUCAACCAACACCAAGAUCUUUGGCUCCAUGUUUUUCUAGCGAUGAGGAAUCUGAACCAGAUAAUAAAAAGAGGAAGAUGUCUAGUGAAUUCAAUGGGCUGGAUGAUUUAGGCCCUGAGUUCGAUAUAUUAGAUCAAAUUUUGGACGAAGAAAAAACAGAAAAUCCACAAGUUCAAGACUUAAAAAGAAACAAACAGGAGUUGAAAGAUGACAAAAAACUAUCUUCAAAACCUAAAGAAAGCCUUAAAGUAAGCAAAAGUGAAAGUAAGAAACAAUCCAGUAGACAUGAAAGCAAAAAUAACAGUAAACAUGAAAGUAAGAAUGAUAGUAAACAUGAAAGUAAAAAUGAUAGUAAACAUGAAAGUAAAAAUGAUAGUAAACAUGAAAGUAAAAAUGAUAGUAAACAUGAAAGAAAACAUGACAGUAAACAUGAAAAAAAAUAUGAUAAAGAUAAAAAUACAGAUACCUCAAAACAUGACAAAGAGAAAUUAAAAUCAAGGAGUGAAGAUAAAAAAUCUAGUUCCAGUAAAGAUGGUUCUAGAAGUUCCAGUAAAGACCAUAAAACAAAAGAACACAAGUCUCGUGAUGAUAAGAAAGACAAACACAGCAGUGACAAUAAAAAACACUCUAGUACUAAAGUGUCCCAUGAGAGUUCAAAAGAUAAACACCGUUCCAAAAGUACAGAAAAGCAUUCUAAACACUCUAGCUCAAGUAAAAAUGAGACGAAACAUAAAGAUAAAAGUGAGCAUCACAAAAGUCAUAAAAGGUCAAAAGAGUCGAAGGAACGAAGCAAAAAGAAGAAGAAAAAAGAUAAGGAAUCAGUAUCUAACAAUGGUUGGGCUGAUAGUGACAACAGUCAUAAUGAAAGUAUUGAAUUAAAUGAUGAAGAUUUAUGUGAUAUAUCAGACUCCGAUGAAGAAAGCAGGACUUUAGAAUGUAAAAGGAUAUUUGAAGAAUAUGUUCCAACGCCAAUAACCCAACCUGUUGAGGAAACAACAAAAGUAGAGGACAACAAUGAAGAUGAAUAUGUUCCAAGUAAAAAGAGAAUAUCAAGGACAGUAGAAAAAAAUGUUAAAGUAAUUCCUAAACCUCCUGUAAAACCUGACUACAAACUCAAUGCAGCUCAGGCUAUGGCUGAAAGGUUAGCGAAGGUGAAGGAAUAUCAUGCAUCAAAAAUUAAAACAGAGACUCAAGUUGAGGAUUCUAAUAAAGUAGAUAUCAGAAAAAACAUUCUUGGUGUUCCAAAUAUCAGUAGCUCUAAGAUUCGUAUUGCACAUGUGCCUUAUGCUUCUACUUUAAUGAAUGCUAAAAAGAAUAUUUCACCAAUUACUAAUGUUAAAAGUGAACCAUCCACUAGUUCAACUAUAGCACAAACUGUGAAAAAAGGGUCCCAGCGAGUUUCUCAUGUUCCAAAUGAGAAAUUUAUUGAUAGGCCAGGAGUCCUAGAACCACUUGGAUCAAAGAUUCCAGCAAAUAUUAGAUCAACAUACCUAAAUAUGAUGAUAGAUGAUUGUUUAAAAAUUUACCUUUCUGCAACUGAUGCCUAUGCUAGAGCUCAACAUGAAGAACUAACAACUAGUAAAAAAUGCACUACUGUUCCAAUAUAUAAAAACUCUGCAGUAAUGACUGUUAGUAGGCUAAGAAAAGAGUUGCAAGAAUGUAAUGGAAUAAAAAAGACAGGACUUGAUUGUUCAACUUUACAAAAACUACCACAGAAUGUGUCUGGGCAGUCAAGUAACUCAGGAUCAUGGAGUAUUGAAAAUAAAAACAGAAGAGUAGUGGAGUCACAAGAGUUUCAUGGAGCUAAACUUUACACCAACAUACAAAAGUGGAUUCUAUCAGAAGAACAAUUGCAGGAAAAUGGCUUUCCUAGACCGCAUCCCAAUCAGAAUAAAGGAAGAGCAAUAAUAUAUGGUCAAAAUAAACAAACACCACCCAAGGGAUUUGUCAGGACAUGCUGCCGAUGUAAAAAAGAUUUCACUGUAGAUAAAAAAGGUUUUCCUUGCAUUAAAGAGGAAUGUAUUUACCAUCCUAAUCGAAAAUAUAGAGUACGUGGAGAGGUCAAAUAUCAGUGUUGUAGUCAAGAUGGCAUGUCGGACGGGUGUUGCAUUGCGCCGUGCCAUGUUUAUGAAUAUGUAGAUUUUGAAAAUUUAAAAGGAUUUGUAAAAACUUUACCACCAGAAAAAGAAAUGGAAGAUUAUGGUGUAUAUUCUUUAGAUUGUGAAAUGUGCUACACCACACAUGGCCUAGAUUUGACCAGGGUAACUGUAAUUAACUCUAAAUGUAAGGUGAUAUAUGAGACUCUUGUAAAACCAUUACAUCCUAUUAUUGAUUACAAUACAAGGUAUUCAGGGAUAACAGAAGAGCAGAUGGCAGAAGUUAAAACAACACUUUUGGAAGUUCAAGCUACUCUGCUUGCUAUGUUUAAUAGUAAAACAAUUCUAAUAGGUCACAGCUUAGAGUCAGAUUUUAAAGCGCUCAAAUUAAUUCAUGAUACUGUGAUUGACACAAGUGUAUUAUACCCUCAUAAAAUGGGACCACCCUAUAAAAGAGCGCUAAGAAAUUUAUCUUCUGAGCACUUGAAAAAAAUAAUACAAAAUUCUGUUGAUGGUCACGACAGUGCAGAGGAUGCAACAGUAUGCAUGGAAUUAAUUCACUAUAAAUUGAAAGAAGAUUUAAAGACUAGGUAAAGAAGUACUUACUUUACUAUGCAGUCCUUGUGU